AUGAUCCGGAGACCAUCAUCGUCUCCUGGAGCGGCAGAGCUUGUGAUUGUGCCGUCGGAUAUGGCGGAGAUGUUUGUGGCGGCGGUGGCGGAGAGCGAGGCUGACGACGGCGAGUCUUACGUUGACGUUGGUGACCUUCUGGCUGCCGGUGGUGAUGAGGGCGAUGCAGAGGCACUCAUGGUAGCAGACCCCAGCUCCAUGCUCGAGCGUAUCGCGCACACGCUCUCGGCUUCACCUCCGUCAUCCUGGUCCUCUUCUGCCAUGCCUGCCCUUCACUCGGACGCCUCGCCGCUGUCGGCCUCGUUCAGCUCACGCGGCAGGCGCAGUAGCGGCGGUCGCGGCGGCGGUCGCGGCGGCGGUCGCGGCGGCGGGCGUGGUGGCGGGCGUGGUGGCGGGCGUGGCGGCGGGCGUGACUCGCCGCCGUCGGCGUCGUCGAUGCUCGGCUCGUUUGGCCAUGCCACCCGUGAGCUCUCGGGUAUCGACGAACACCCGCCUUGGGGCAUAUCCAAUAACCCCCACGCCUUUCUUGAGCUUGCUGCCGCUGCCAGCGGCGGGAGAGCUCCUGGAAGUGGCCGUCGCGGCGGCUCGCGUGGCAGCGGCCGCCGCGGCCCGCCGUCCAACCCAGCCCGCGCCCGCCGCCGCUCACGCGACAACGGCUUCGGCUCGGCAGACAACUCGCGCCGCGAGGUCCGGAAGAAGAACCGAUUCUCCGGAGACUCGGACGCCAGCUUCAGCCCGCGCGGCCGAGGCCGUAGCCAUACCCUCGGUCGUGGUCGUAGUCGCGGCUCGCAGCGCAAGUCGGAUUCAUCGCGCACCGCUGCCUUGCGCGGACAGUCUCGUAUCACGGCCGCGUCUCCGUCGCUCCGCCCGGUCCGCCUCCGCCGCGCACUGGUCGACGACGACUCGGCUGCUGCCAAGCGUUCUGCUGCCAAGCGUGCCUUCUGUCAAGAGCUUGUCCUCUCGUCGCUUGGCCAAUAAAGCCGGCGCCCUACCCUG